UUCCCCGGGUCCAUCGAGCACAACCCCAUGGCGGAGGAGUUCCGCCUCUUCGGAGCCGUGCCGGUGACGCCUAGAGUGCUGCAUCGCCUGAUGGCCACGGACCAAGCUGCGCUGCUGUUCCCAGGGGGCAUGCGAGAGGCGCUCAGGAAACGGGGCGAGGAGUACAGGCUCUUCUGGCCACACCGCGCUGAGUUCGUGCGAAUGGCGGUCAAGUUUGGAGCGGUGAUCAUUCCCUUUGCAUCGGUGGGAGUUGAUGAUGCUUACAACUUUGUGUUAGAUGCAGACGAGCUGCCCAAUGUGCCCGUGUAUGGGGAACAGAUCAAGGAGUUCAUGGACUAUGUGCCUAAAGUCAGGGAGGACGAGAUAGCAGGGCCGGCAGUGGAGCGAUUUCUGGCGCCAGUGGUGCUGCCCAACAAGAUCAACCGCCUCUACAUCAAGUUUGGCGCCCCCAUCCGCACUGCCGGCAUGCGGGAGGUGUUGACAGACCAGCAGGCAGCUGCAGCGCUGUACGCGCAUGUGAAGGGAGAGGUGGAGGCAGGGAUAGAGUACCUGCUGAGGAAGCGAGAGGAGGACCCAUAUGCUGACCUAGGGGCGAGGCUACUCUCUCGCAGCCUUGCCCGUGCACUCUCAGUCACAGCAGCAGCCACGCCCCUCUCCACCCAUGCCCGCCGCUCCUCCCCGCUGCUCUCCCCUGCUGCUCGGAAGCACAUGAACGCCAGGCAAUCACCAGUAUCCUCUCUGCACUCCUCUCUGCACUCCUCUCUGCACUCCCCUCUCUGCACUCCUCUCUGCACUCCCACUCUCUCACUCACUCUCUCUCACUCCUCUCUCCACUCCUCUCUGCACUCCUCUCUGCACUCCUCUCUGCACUCCUCCUCUCUGCACUCCUCUCUGCACUCCUCUCUGCACUCCUCUCUGCACUCCUCUCUGCACUCCUCUCUGCACUCCUCUCUGCACUCCUCUCUGCACUCCUCUCUGCACUCCCCUCCUCUGCACUCCUCUCUGCACUCCUCUCUGCACUCCUCUCUGCACUCCUCUCUGCACUCCUCUCUGCACUCCUCUCUGCACUCCUCUCUGCACUCCUCCUCUCUGCACUCCUCUCUGCACUCCUCUCUGCACUCCUCUCUGCACUCCUCUCUGCACUCCUCUCUGCACUCCUCUCUGCACUCCUCUCUGCACUCCUCUCUGCACUCCUCUCUGCACUCCUCUCUGCACUCCCCUCUCUGCACUCCUCUCUGCACUCCUCUCUGCACUCCUCUCUGCACUCCUCUCUGCACUCCUCUCUGCACUCCUCUCUGCACUCCUCUCUGCACUCCUCUCUGCACUCCUCUCUGCACUCCUCUCUGCACUCCUCUCUGCACUCCUCUCUGCACUCCUCUCUGCACUCCUCUCUGCACUCCUCUCUGCACUCCUCUCUGCACUCCUCUCUGCACUCCUCUCUGCACUCCUCUCUGCACUCCUCUCUGCACUCCUCUCUGCACUCCUCUCUGCACUCCUCUCUGCACUCCUCUCUGCACUCCUCUCUGCACUCCUCUCUGCACUCCUCUCUGCACUCCUCUCUGCACUCCUCUCUGCACUCCUCUCUGCACUCCUCUCUGCACUCCUCUCUGCACUCCUCUCUGCACUCCCCUCUCUGCACUCCUCUCUGCACUCCUCUCUGCACUCCUCUCUGCACUCCUCUCUGCACUCCUCUCUGCACUCCUCUCUGCACUCCUCUCUGCACUCCUCUCUGCACUCCUCUCUGCACUCCUCUCUGCACUCCUCUCUGCACUCCUCUCUGCACUCCCCUCUCUGCACUCCUCUCUGCACUCCUCUCUGCACUCCUCUGCACUCCUCUCUGCACUCCUCUCUGCACUCCUCUCUGCACUCCCUCUCUGCACUCCUCUCUGCACUCCUCUCUGCACUCCUCUCUGCACUCCUCUCUGCACUCCUCUCUGCACUCCUCUCUGCACUCCUCUCUGCACUCCUCUCUGCACUCCUCUCUGCACUCCUCUCUGCACUCCUCUCUGCACUCCUCUCUGCACUCCUCUCUGCACUCCUCUCUGCACUCCUCUCUGCACUCCCUCUCUGCACUCCUCUCUGCACUCCUCUCUGCACUCCUCUCUGCACUCCUCUCUGCACUCCUCUCUGCACUCCCUCUCUGCACUCCCCUCUCUGCACUCCUCUCUGCACUCCUCUCUGGCACUCCUCUCUGCACUCCUCUCUGCACUCCUCUCUGCACUCCUCUCUGCACUCCUCUCUGCACUCCUCUCUGCACUCCUCUCUGCACUCCUCUCUGCACUCCUCUCUGCACUCCUCUCUGCACUCCUCUCUGCACUCCUCUCUGCACUCCUCUCUGCACUCUCUCCCACCCUCUCUGCACUCCUCUCUGCACUCCUCUCUGCUGCACUCCUCUCUGCACUCCUCUCUGCACUCCUCUCUGCACUCCUCUCUGCACUCCUCUCUGCACUCCUCUCUGCACUCCUCUCUUGCAACUCCUUCUCUGCACUCCUCUCUGCACUCCCCUCUCUGCACUCCUCUCUGCACUCCUCUCUGCACUCCUCUCUGCACUCCCCUCUCUGCACUCCUCUCUGCACUCCUCUCUCUGCACUCCUCUCUGCACUCCUCUCUGCACUCCUCUCUGCACUCUCUCUGCACUCCUCUCUGCACUCCUCUCUGCACUCCUCUCUGCACUCCCCUCUGCACUCCUCUCUGCACUCCUCUCUGCACUCCCCUCUCUGCACUCCUCUCUGCACUCCUCUCUGCACUCCUCUCUGCACUCCUCUCUGCACUCCUCUCUGCACUCCUCUCUGCACUCCUCUCUGCACUCCUCUCUGCACUCUCUCUGCACUCCUCUCUGCACUCCUCUCUGCACUCCUCUCUGCACUCCUCCUCUGCACUCCCCUCUCUGCACUCCUCUCUGCACUCCUCUCUGCACUCCUCUCUGCACUCCUCUCUGCACUCCUCUCUGCACUCCUCUCUGCACUCCUCUCUGCACUCCUCUCUGCACUCCUCUCUGCACUCCUCUCUGCACUCCUCUCUGCACUCCUCUCUGCACUCCUCUCUGCACUCCCCUCUCUGCACUCCUCUCUGCACUCCUCUCUGCACUCCUCUCUGCACUCCUCUCUGCACUCCUCUCUGCACACUCCUCUCUGCACUCCUCUCUGCACUCCUCUCUGCACUCCUCUCUGCACUCCUCUCUGCACUCCUCUCUGCACUCCUCUCUGCACUCCUCUCUGCAUCCCCCUCUCUGCACUCCUCUCUGCACUCCUCUCUGCACUCCCCUUCUGCACUCCUCUCUGCACUCCUCUCUGCACUCCUCUCUGCACUCCUCUCUGCACUCCUCUCUGCACUCCUCUCUGCACUCCUCUCUGCACUCCCCUUCUGCACUCCUCUCUGCACUCCUCUCUGCACUCCUCUCUGCACUCCUCUCUGCACUCCUCUCUGCACUCCUCUCUGCACUCCUCUCUGCACUCCCCUCUCUGCACUCCUCUCUGCACUCCUCUCUGCACUCCUCUCUGCACUCCUCUCUGCACUCCUCUCUGCACUCCCCUCUCUGCACUCCUCUCUGCACUCCUCUCUGCACUCCUCUCUGCACUCCUCUCGCUGCACUCCUCUCUGCACUCCUCUCUGCACUCCUCUCUGCACUCCUCUCUGCACUCCCCUCUCUGCACUCCUCUCUGCACUCCUCUCUGCACUCCUCUCUGCACUCCUCUCUGCACUCCUCUCUGCACUCCUCUCUGCACUCCUCUCUGCACUCCUCUCUGCACUCCUCUCUGCACUCCUCUCUGCACUCCCCUCUCUGCACUCCUCUCUCUGCACUCCUCUCUGCACUCCCCUCUCUGCACUCCUCUCUGCACUCCUCUCUGCACUCCUCUCUCUCUGCACUCGUCUCUGCACUCCUCUCUGCACUCCUCUCUGCACUCCUCUCUGCACUCCUCUCUGCACUCCUCUCUGCACUCCUCUCUGCACUCCUCUCUGCACCCCUCUCUGCACUCCCCUCUCUGCACUCCUCUCUGCACUCCCCUCUCUGCACUCCUCUCUGCACUCCUCUCUGCACUCCUCUCUGCACUCCUCUCUGCACUCCUCUCUGCACUCCUCUCUGCACUCCUCUCUGCACUCCUCUCUGCACUCCUCUCUGCACUCCCCUCUCUGCACUCCUCUCUGCACUCCUCUCUGCACUCCUCUCUGCACUCCUCUCUGCACUCCUCUCUGCACUCCUCUCUGCACUCCCCUCUCUGCACUCCUCUCUGCACUCCUCUCUGCACUCCUCUCUGCACUCCUCUCUGCACUCCUCUCUGCACUCCUCUCUGCACUCCUCUCUGCACUCCUCUCUGCACUCCCCUCUCUGCACUCUCUCUGCACGCCUCUCCCUCUCUGCACUCCCCUCUCUGCACUCCUCUCUGCACUCCCUCUCUGCACUCCUCUCUGCACUCCCUCUCUCUCUGCACUCCCUCUCUGCACUCCUCUCUGCACUCCUCUCUGCACUCCUCUCUGCACUCCUCUCUGCACUCCUCUCUGCACUCCUCUCACUCCUCUCUGCACUCCUCUCUGCACUCCUCUCUGCACUCCUCUCUGCACUCCCUCUCUGCACUCCUCUCUGCACUCCUCUCUGCACCCUCUCUGCACUCCUCUCUGCACUCCUCUCUGCACUCCUCUCUGCACUCCCCUCUCUGCACUCCUCUCUGCACUCCCCUCUCUGCACUCCUCUCUGCACUCCUCUCUGCACUCCCCUCUCUGCACUCCUCUCUGCACUCCUCUCUGCACUCCUCUCUGCACUCCUCUCUGCACUCCUCUCUGCACUCCUCUCUGCACUCCUCUCUGCACUCCUCUUUGCACUCCUCUCUGCACUCCUCUCUGCACUCCUCUCUGCACUCCUCUCUGCACUCCUCUCUGCACUCCUCUCUGCACUCCACUCCUCUCUGCACUCCUCUCUGCACUCCUCUCUGCACUCCCCUCUCUGCACUCCUCUCUGCACUCCUCUCUGCACUCCCCUCUCUGCACUCCUCUCUGCACUCCUCUCUGCACUCCUCUCUGCACUCCUCUCUGCACUCCUCUCUGCACUCCCCUCUCUGCACUCCUCUCUGCACUCCUCUCUGCACUCCCCUCUCUGCACUCCUCUCUGCACUCCUCUCUGCACUCCUCUCUGCACUCCUCUCUGCACUCCCCUCUCUGCACUCCUCUCUGCACUCCUCUCUGCACUCCCCUCUCUGCACUCCUCCUCUGCACUCCUCUCUGCACUCCUCUCUGCACUCCCCUCUCUGCACUCCUCUCUGCACUCCUCUCUGCACUCCUCUCUGCACUCCUCGGCACUCCUCUCUGCACUCCUCUCGGCACUCCUCUCUGCACUCCUCUCUGCACUCUCUCUUGCACUCCUCUCUGCACUCCUCUGCACUCCCCUCUCUGCACUCCUCUCUGCACUCCUCUCUGCACCCCUCUGCACUCCUCUCUGCACUCCUCUCUGCACUCCUCUCUGCACUCCCUCUCUGCACUCCUCUCUGCACUCCUCUCUGCACUCCUCUCUGCACUCCUCUCUGUGCACUCCUCUCUGCACUCUCUCUGCACUCCUCUCUGCACUCCUCUCUGCACUCUCUCUGCACUCCCCUCUCUGCACUCCUCUCUGCACUCCUCUCUGCACUCCCCUCUCUGCACUCCUCUCUGCACUCCUCUCUGCACUCCUCUCUGCACUCCUCUCUGCACUCCUCUCUGCACUCCUCUCUGCACUCCCCUCUCUGCACUCCUCUCUGCACUCCUCUCUGCACUCCUCUCUGCACUCCUCUCUGCACUCCUCUCUGCACUCCUCUCUGCACUCCUCUCUGCACUCCCCUCUCUGCACUCCUCUCUGCACUCCUCUCUGCACUCCUCUCUGCACUCCUCUCUGCACUCCUCUCUGCACUCCUCUCUGCACUCCUCUCUGCACUCCUCUCUGCACUCCUCUCUGCACUCCCCUCUCUGCACUCCUCUCUGCACUCCCCUCUCUGCACUCCUCUCUGCACUCCUCUCUGCACUCCUCUCUGCACUCCUCUCUGCACUCCUCUCUGCACUCCUCUCUGCACUCCUCUCUGCACUCCUAUCUGCACUCCCCUCUCUGCACUCCUCUCUGCACUCCUCUCUGCACUCCUCUCUGCACUCCUCUCUGCACUCCCCUCUCUGCACUCCUCUCUGCACUCCUCUCUGCACUCCUCUCUGCACUCCUCUCUGCACUCCUCUCUGCACUCCUCUCUGCACUCCUCUCUGCACUCCCCUCUCUGCACUCCUCUCUGCACUCCUCUCUGCACUCCUCUCUGCACUCCUCUCUGCACUCCUCUCUGCACUCCCCUCUCUGCACUCCUCUCUGCACUCCUCUCUGCACUCCCUCUCUGCACUCCUCUCUGCACUCCUCUCUGCACUCCUCUCUGCACUCCCCUCUCUGCACUCCUCUCUGCACUCCUCUCUGCACUCCUCUCUGCACUCCUCUCGGCACUCCUCUCUGCACUCCUCUCGGCACUCCUCUCUGCACUCCUCUCUGCACUCCUCUCUGCACUCCUCUCUGCACUCCUCUCUGCACUCCCCUCUCUGCACUCCUCUCUGCACUCCUCUCUGCACUCCUCUCUGCACUCCUCUCUGCACUCCUCUCUGCACUCCUCUCUGCACUCCCCUCUCUGCACUCCUCUCUGCACUCCUCUCUGCACUCCUCUCUGCACUCCUCUCUGUGCACUCCUCUCUGCACUCCUCUCUGCACUCCUCUCUGCACUCCUCUCUGCACUCCUCUCUGCACUCCCCUCUCUGCACUCCUCUCUGCACUCCUCUCUGCACUCCCCUCUCUGCACUCCUCUCUGCACUCCUCUCUGCACUCCUCUCUGCACUCCUCUCUGCACUCCUCUCUGCACUCCUCUCUGCACUCCUCUCUGCACUCCCCUCUCUGCACUCCUCUCUGCACUCCUCUCUGCACUCCUCUCUGCACUCCUCUCUGCACUCCUCUCUGCACUCCUCUCUGCACUCCUCUCUGCACUCCCUCUCUGCACUCCUCUCUGCACUCCUCUCUGCACUCCUCUCUGCACUCCCCUCUCUGCACUCCUCUCUGCACUCCUCUCUGCACUCCUCUUUGCACUCCUCUCUGCACUCCUCUCUGCACUCCUCUCUGCACUCCCCUCUCUGCACUCCUCUCUGCACUCCUCUCUGCACUCCCCUCUCUGCACUCCUCUCUGCACUCCUCUCUGCACUCCUCUCUGCACUCCUCUCUGCACUCCUCUCUGCACUCCUCUUUGCACUCCUCUCUGCACUCCUCUCUGCACUCCUCUCUGCACUCCCCUCUCUGCACUCCUCUCUGCACUCCUCUCUGCACUCCCCUCUCUGCACUCUCUCUGCACUCCUCUCUGCACUCCUCUCUGCACUCCUCUCUGCACUCCUCUCUGCACUCCUCUCUGCACUCCCCUCUCUGCACUCCUCUCUGCACUCCUCUCUGCACUCCUCUCUGCACUCCUCUCUGCACUCCUCUCUGCACUCCUCUCUGCACUCCUCUCUGCACUCCUCUCUGCACUCCCCUCUCUGCACUCCUCUCUGCACUCCCCUCUCUGCACUCCUCUCUGCACUCCCCUCUCUGCACUCCUCUCUGCACUCCUCUCUGCACUCCUCUCUGCACUCCUCUCUGCACUCCUCUCUGCACUCCUCUCUGCACUCCCCUCUCUGCACUCCUCUCUGCACUCCUCUCUGCACUCUCUCUGCACUCCCCUCUCUGCACUCCUCUCUGCACUCCUCUCUGCACUCCCUCUCUGCACUCCUCUCUGCACUCCUCUCUGCACUCCUCUCUGCAACUCUCUGCACUCCCCUCUCUGCACUCCUCUCUGCACUCCCCUCUCUGCACUCCUCUCUGCACUCCUCUCUGCACUCCUCUCUGCACUCCUCUCUGCACUCCUCUCUGCACUCCUCUCUGCACUCCUCUCUGCACUCCUCUCUGCACUCCCCUCUCUGCACUCCUCUCUGCACUCCUCUCUGCACUCCUCUCUGCACUCCCCUCUCUGUACUCCUCUCUGCACUCCUCUCUGCACUCCUCUCUGCACUCCUCUCUGCACUCCUCUCUGCACUCCUCUCUGCACUCCCCUCUCUGCACUCCUCUCUGCACUCCUCUCUGCACUCCUCUCUGCACUCCUCUCUGCACUCCUCUCUGCACUCCCCUCUCUGCACUCCUCUCUGCACUCCUCUCUGCACUCCCCUCUCUGCACUCCUCUCUGCACUCCUCUCUGCACUCCUCUCUGCACUCCCCUCUCUGCACUCCUCUCUGCACUCCUCUCUGCACUCCUCUCUGCACUCCUCUCGGCACUCCUCUCUGCACUCCUCUCGGCACUCCUCUCUGCACUCCUCUCUGCACUCCUCUCUGCACUCCUCUCUGCACUCCUCUCUGCACUCCCCUCUCUGCACUCCUCUCUGCACUCCUCUCUGCACUCCUCUCUGCACUCCUCUCUGCACUCCUCUCUGCACUCCUCUUUGCACUCCCCUCUCUGCACUCCUCUCUGCACUCCUCUCUGCACUCCUCUCUGCACUCCUCUCUGUGCACUCCUCUCUGCACUCCUCUCUGCACUCCUCUCUGCACUCCUCUCUGCACUCCUCUCUGCACUCCCCUCUCUGCACUCCUCUCUGCACUCCUCUCUGCACUCCCCUCUCUGCACUCCUCUCUGCACUCCUCUCUGCACUCCUCUUGCACUCCUCUCUGCACUCCUCUCUGCACUCCUCUCUGCACUCCCCUCUCUGCACUCCUCUCUGCACUCCUCUCUGCACUCCUCUCUGCACUCCUCUCUGCACUCCUCUCUGCACUCCUCUCUGCACUCCUCUCUGCACUCCCUCUCUGCACUCCUCUCUGCACUCCUCUCUGCACUCCUCUCUGCACUCCUCUCUGCACUCCCUCUCUGCACUCCUCUCUGCACUCCUCUCUGCACUCCUCUCUGCACUCCUCUCUGCACUCCCCUCUCUGCACUCCUCUCUGCACUCCCCUCUCUCUGCACUCCUCUCUGCACUCCUCUCUGCACUCCUCUCUGCACUCCUCUCUGCACUCCUCUCUGCACUCCUCUCUGCACUCCUCUCUGCACUCCUAUCUGCACUCCCCUCUCUGCACUCCUCUCUGCACUCCUCUCUGCACUCCUCUCUGCACUCCCCUCUCUGCACUCCUCUCUGCACUCCUCUCUGCACUCCUCUCUGCACUCCUCUCUGCACUCCUCUCUGCACUCCUCUCUGCACUCCCCUCUCUGCACUCCUCUCUGCACUCCCCUCUCUGCACUCCUCUCUGCACUCCUCUCUGCACUCCUCUCUGCACUCUCUCUGCACUCCUCUUUGCACUCCUCUCUGCACUCCUCUCUGCACUCCUCUCUGCACUCCCCUCUCUGCACUCCUCUCUGCACUCCUCUCUGCACUCCUCUCUGCACUCCUCUCUGCACUCCUCUCUGCACUCCUCUCUGCACUCCUCUCUGCACUCCUCUCUGCACUCCUCCCUGCACUCCUCUCUGCACUCCUCUCUGCACUCCUCUCUGCACUCCUCUCUGCACUCCUCUCUGCACUCCUCUCUGCACUCCCCUCUCUGCACUCCUCUCUGCACUCCUCUCUGCACUCCUCUCUCUGCACUCCUCUCUGCACUCCUCUCUGCACUCCUCUCUGCACUCCUCUCUGCACUCCCCUCUCUGCACUCCUCUCUGCACUCCUCUCUGCACUCCUCUCUGCACUCCUCUCUGCACUCCUUUCUGCACUCCUCUCUGCACUCCCUCUCUGCACUCCUCUCUGCACUCCUCUCUGCACUCCUCUCUGCACUCCUCUCUGCACUCCUCUCUGCACUCCUCUCUGCACUCCUCUCUGCACUCCUCUCUGCACUCCUCUCUGCACUCCUCUCUGCACUCCUCUCUGCACUCCUCUCUGCACUCCUCUCUGCACUCCUCUCUGCACUCCUCUCUGCACUCCUCUCUGCACUCCCCUCUCUGCACUCCUCUCUGCACUCCUCUCUGCACUCCUCUCUGCACUCCUCUCUGCACUCCUCUCUGCACUCCUCUCUGCACUCCCCUCUCUGCACUCCUCUCUGCACUCCUCUCUGCACUCCUCUCUGCACUCCUCUCUGCACUCCCUCUCUGCACUCCUCUCUGCACUCCUCUCUGCACUCCUCUCUGCACUCCUCUCUGCACUCCUCUCUGCACUCCUCUCUGCACUACUCUCUGCACUCCUCUCUGCACUCCUCUCUGCACUCCUCUCUGCACUCCUCUCUGCACUCCUCUCUGCACUCCUCUCUGCACUCCUCUCUGCACUCCUCUCUGCACUCCUCUCUGCACUCCUCUCUGCACUCCCUCUCUGCACUCCUCUCUGCACUCCUCUCUGCACUCCUCUCUGCACUCCUCUCUGCACUCCUCUCUGCACUCCUCUCUGCCACUCCCCUCUCUGCACUCCUCUCUGCACUCCUCUCUGCACUCCUCUCUGCACUCCUCUCUGCACUCCUCUCUGCACUCCUCUCUGCACUCCCUCUCUGCACUCCUCUCUGCACUCCUCUCUGCACUCCUCUCUGCACUCCUCUCUGCACUCCUCUCUGCACUCCUCUCUGCACUCCUCUCUGCACUCCCCUCUCUGCACUCCUCUCUGCACUCCUCUCUGCACUCCUCUCUGCACUCCUCUCUGCACUCCUCUCUGCACUCCUCUCUGCACUCCCCUCUCUGCACUCCUCUCUGCACUCCUCUCUGCACUCCUCUCUGCACUCCUCUCUGCACUCCUCUCUGCACUCCCCUCUCUUCACUCCUCUCUGCACUCCUCUCUGCACUCCCCUCUCUGCACUCCUCUCUGCACUCCUCUCUGCACUCCUCUCUGCACUCCUCUCUGCACUCCUCUCUGCACUCCCCUCUCUGCACUCCUCUCUGCACUCCUCUCUGCACUCCUCUCUGCACUCCUCUCUGCACUCCUCUCUGCACUCCUCUCUGCACUCCUCUCUGCACUCCUCUCUGCACUCCCCUCUCUGCACUCCUCUCUGCACUCCUCUCUGCACUCCUCUCUGCACUCCCUCUGCACUCCUCUCUGCACUCCUCUCUGCACUCCUCUCUGCACUCCUCUCUGCACUCCCCUCUCUGCACUCCUCUCUGCACUCCUCUCUGCACUCCUCUCUGCACUCCUCUCUGCACUCCUCUCUGCACUCCUCUCUGCACUCCUCUCUGCACUCCCCUCUCUGCACUCCCUCUGCACUCCUCUCUGCACUCCUCUCUGCACUCCUCUCUGCACUCCUCUCUGCACUCCUCUCUGCACUCCCCUCUCUGCACUCCUCUCUGCACUCCCUCUCUACACUCCUCUCUGCACUCCUCUCUGCACUCCUCUCUGCACUCCUCUCUGCACUCCUCUCUGCACUCCUCUCUGCACUCCUCUCUGCACUCCUCUCUGCACUCCUCUCUGCACUCCCCUCUCUGCACUCCUCUCUGCACUCCUCUCUGCACUCCUCUCUGCACUCCUCUCUGCACUCCUCUCUGCACUCCUCUCUGCACUCCUCUCUGCACUCCUCUCUGCACUCCUCUCUGCACUCCUCUCUGCACUCCUCUCUGCACUCCUCUCUGCACUCCUCUCUGCACUCCUCUCUGCACUCCCUCUCUGCACUCCUCUCUGCACUCCUCUCUGCACUCCUCUCUGCACUCCUCUCUGCACUCCUCUCUGCACUCCUCUCUGCACUCCUCUCUGCACUCCUCUCUGCACUCCUCUCUGCACUCCUCUCUGCACUCCCCUCUCUGCACUCCUCUCUGCACUCCUCUCUGCACUCCCCUCUCUGCACUCCUCUCUGCACUCCUCUCUGCACUCCUCUCUGCACUCCCCUCUCUGCACUCCUCUCUGCACUCCUCUCUGCACUCCUCUCUGCACUCCUCUCUGCACUCCUCUCUGCACUCCUCUCUGCACUCCUCUCUGCACUCCUCUCUGCACUCCCCUCUCUGCACUCCUCUCUGCACUCCUCUCUGCACUCCUCUCUGCACUCCUCUCUGCACUCCUCUCUGCACUCCCCUCUCUGCACUCCUCUCUGCACUCCUCUCUGCACUCCUCUCUGCACUCCUCUCUGCACUCCUCUCUGCACUCCCUCUCUGCACUCCUCUCUGCACUCCUCUCUGCACUCCUCUCUGCACUCCUCUCUGCACUCCUCUCUGCACUCCUCUCUGCACUCCUCUCUGCACUCCUCUCUGCACUCCUCUCUGCACUCCUCUCUGCACUCCUCUCUGCACUCCCCUCUCUGCACUCCUCUCUGCACUCCUCUCUGCACUCCUCUCUGCACUCCUCUCUGCACUCCUCUCUGCACUCCUCUCUGCACUCCUCUCUGCACUCCUCUCUGCACUCCUCUCUGCACUCCUCUCUGCACUCCUCUCUGCACUCCUCUCUGCACUCCUCUCUCUGCACUCCUCUCUGCACUCCUCUCUGCACUCCUCUCUGCACUCCUCUCUGCACUCCUCUCUGCACUCCUCUCUGCACUCCUCUCUGCACUCCUCUCUGCACUCCUCUCUGCACUCCUCUCUGCACUCCUCUCUGCACUCCUCUCUGCACUCCUCUCUGCACUCCUCUCUGCACUCCUGCACUCCUCUCUGCACUCCUCUCUGCACUCCUCUCUGCACUCCUCUCUGCACUCCUCUCUGCACUCCUCUCUGCACUCCUCUCUGCACUCCUCUCUGCACUCCUCUCUGCACUCCCCUCUCUGCACUCUCUCCGGGUGGGGGCGUGGCGUGGUCCCUCAUGGCGCGCACCAGCUCCCUCACCCCCCCAGCAUCCAGCCCUUGCUCCACCACAUAG